UAAAUCGCUCUGGAUUAGCUCUCUUUAUUUUCACACCGGCUUUCUUAUUAAAUUCCUAACUCCUUUGUUUUCCUGUGGAGAAACACGGUGAUUAUUCAGCAUUAGAAACGCGCACAGUUCGGAACAUCAUGUUAAAAAUGAUUCCGGAGCUGAACAAAGCGACGGUGCGUAUGAGAGACUGAGGACAAGUGGAAACCAUCAUCAGAAACAUGCAGAGAGAAGGAGCUUCUGCACUGCAGGUGAUCUCUGACUUCGACAUGAUACUCACCAGAUUUGCUCAUGAAGGGAAACGCUGCCCUACAACAUACAAUAUUCUUCACAACACCAAUCUGAUUAGUGAGGAGUGUAAAGCGAAGAUGUCGAAUUUGGUGGCUCAUUAUUACCCCAUUGAGAUCGACAGCUCAAAGUCUGUGGAGGAGAAAAUUCCUCACAUGGUGGAGUGAAUCCUUGCUGAACAUGCAUUGCAAAUAGCAAUGGCAUUGUCCUCCGCUGCCACUGAGAAACACUUCCAGACCAGUGAAGACAUGUUCACAGAUGAUGACCUAAUGACCGCGACACAGGCUGAGAGUCACUGCAGGCUAAAGCUGCAAUCACGUGCACUCCGAAAGCGGAUGAAUCUUGGAUAAAUCAGACUGAUUGAUUGAUUUAGAUAGAUCUAGUUAACGGAUUUAAUUUAUUUAUCGGAGCAAUAAAAUGACGUCAUUUUCACCCAUAUCGGCUGAUAAUUUAUCUGUCCCAUAAAUAUUCUGCAUCCCUACUUAAAAGCUGCAGUGUGUCGUGUUCAUGUCCCUCUGCUGGCCACCAGAUGAACUGCAGUAACCUCUCAGCUUCUAAGCACCAAAAGUCAUUUAUUCAGAUCAUUUUACAUAAAACCACCGACACUUCAGAGUCAACAAAACACUUUUAUACAAAAUGAAAAAAAAAACUCUGUCUCCUCAUUCCAUCUGUAUGGACUGGAGAGGGAAGGCCACAUUAUUUUUUUUUACUUAAAAAAAAGUUUCUUGCUUUUAGGAAAAAGACAACAAAUGGUUUUCAUCUCCAAGAGGAUUUUGUUUACUUUGUGUGUGUGUGUGUGUGUGUGUGUGUGAGAGAGAGAGAGAGACUCACAGUUCUUCAUGCCGAGUUAUAUCUUUUUCUGCGUCUUCCUCCACUUUGAGUUUCAGUUCGUCUGCUGUGAUUCGUCCGUCUCUGUUCCUGUCCUGGUUUUUAAACAUGUCUCCAAUGAUGCUUUCAGGAUCCUGGGCCGGUUUCAGACGACCUUUACCCUCUGCCACUUGACGCUUUAUGAACUCUAAGAACUGGAGAGAAGAAAGAGAUGAAAAUAGAGAAGUUAAAUGUGGUGAUAUUCAGGACUUUUUCGAGCACACAGUCACUUUGGAAGUGAAAGUCUGAACUGAGAUCUAGCAAGAGUAAUGCUGUUGUAGGACAAACAGUGAAGUGGUUCAUCUACCAGUACAGGAUUUAAUAAUCAGAGUGAAACACAGUAAUACAACUGAAAUAUCAAUCUGCAGAGUUACAGGAGACACUGUAGAUUAUACUUAUUAAUAUACUAAUUAAUAUACUUAUUAAUAUACUAAUUGUGUGACUUGUUUAGUUAAUGUGAUGGUGAGAUUACGGUGGCCGAGAAGUGCCAAACAAAAUAAGUAAUCUAAAAACUGUCUGUUUUUUUACAGUAAUUUGUUGCAAAACAAACAAGUUUUAAAUAAAGCAUUCCAUAAAGUGGUGAAGGGUGUUAUUUACGGUGAAUUUCUGGCAACCACAGCUGCUGGUAUUUUGCUGUAAAAUAUAUAUAAAAAAAAAAUUAACACAGUCUGUCAUUGUGAAGAAUGAGAUCUCAGAAUCAGUGACAAGCUUUUUUUUUUCCUCUAAAGCAACCUAAAUGUGAAGUGGCCCCUCAGAGUGUGUAAUUUAUUACAUUUUUAAACAUUGCAUAUGUGUUUAACAUUUGUGUUUUUUAUUUAUCAGAAAGAAUCCUAGAAAAUAAACCCCAUAAUGUGUCAGUAAGCUGUGGCCUCAAACCACAUCACCCUGUUUCCACACACUAAUAAAUCAUAGCUUUAAAUUAAUGAUCUCGUUUCCACAAUUUAAUCACAUUGACAUAAUUUAAUGAUCAGGAACCUGCAGCUGCCUUACGUUUUAAUAUACACUGCUCAAAAAAAUUAAAGCAACACUUUUUAAUCAGAGUAUGGCAUCAAGUCAGGGGGUUUCACACUGCUUGACUUCACAAUAGGAAGAAUCGCCUACAACUCUGUCUGGUCCACAAACUGUGUUUCACAACUGAAUGUACGAGUGAGAAAUGAUAAGGAAAUAACACAAGAUCACACGAGAGUUCUCACACGAGACUGGAAAUGGAACGACGCAAAAAGUUUGCGAUCCAAAUGGUCAGUGCGGGUAACAAGGAUUCUGGGUUCUGCAUAACUGAACAAACGAAUAAUUUUGCAAUGUGCUGCUGCUGAUGCGGCUGGUCAAGCAAAUAUUUCUGCUUUAUUUCUGUUUGAUGUAAUUGUAAAGCUUAUUUAUUCUGAUAUAACUAUAU